AUGUCCUCAAACGUCGGCCUCUCCACCCCCCGCGGAAGCGGUACCUCGGGCUACGUCCAACGCAACUACGCCUUCAUGAAGCCGCGCAACGCAGGCUACGGCGCGCCGUACCCGCCCGUUUCAGGCGCGAAUGCCAACGACUCCAACCGCGGGUUUAAGCAGAGGCAGCCCGAUAAGCAGAUUCUGGAGCAUGAUCGGCGGCGCGCGGUUGAGGUGAAGGUUAUGGAGGAGAGGGAGAGGCUUGAGGAGGAGAAUGAGCGGAUUGAGGAGGAGGGUAAAGGCAAAGGCGAGGGGAAGGUGUUGUCGGAGGAGGAGAUUGAGGAGCGGUGUGAGGCGCUAAGGGCGAGGUUGUUGAAGGAGAUGGAGGAGGAGGAGAAUCGGAGGGGUGAUGCGGGGGAUGGGGAGAGGGAUGAGGGGAGGGAGCGCAGGGGGUGGAGGCGUGGGCCUAGGGAUAGGGAGCGGGAGGUGCCGCCGAGAGAGAGGAGGCAGUUCAAGACGUAUCAAGUUCAUGAGCUUGCGGAGGCGAAGAUUGAGGAGAGCGAGCGGUUUAAGAAGGCGUUGGGGAUUCGGGAGGAUACGGAGACGGGGCAGAUCUCGAGUGGGAGGAAGGAUUACGAACCCAGGAAGAGGGAUAAGGAGCGGUAUUAG